GAAGCCUGUCCACAUGCUUUUAACCAGAUAAAGCAUUAUCUAAGAUGGUCACGCUCACUGAUGUAAGGCAGCUGGAAUUUGAGGAUCUGAAUAGCCAGUGAUGCAACUGAGGAAUGACGACGUAACUUUGGACUAAUAGUGAAACAUUGGUACCGUGAUGCACUACUCCCCUGUUUACUCUGCUAGGACACCUUUGGGAACUGACUGGUAUUAUGGACCUUGGAAUUGCUUUUAUACAUCUACUAAAGUUACAAUAGCACCAGCUUGUUAAAAGCUUUGAAUGGUGAUCUAAAACAUGGUACCAUGUGAAUGAUUGAGGAACAUGAAGCCUGCACACAAACUUCUGUUUGUCCUGUGUCCCAUGCUGGUUUUUGGAUUCAUCUACUACUCUUCUGGGAAGCUCCAUUCGUACGUAUGGGGCCAGAAGCCACAUAAAGAUGUGGAGCCCACAGUAAAAGUCAUUAAAGUUACUAGCCAUACAUCCAAAUCCACUGUGAGCCAAGAGCCGGUGGUGGAUGGUGCUGUCUCCGCUGGACGAAUAGUAGGCUCAGGUACAGCCUCACUGCAAAGAGUGCACUCCGGUCAACACGCGAACCCCAGCAGUUAUUUUGGGAGGCCUGUGUUUGAUAAGCAAGGGUUCUUGGUGCAUCUGGAUGCAAAGCUGCCUCCAGAGUUGCUGUACAAGUAUGGGAACCUCAGUGAAGGAGCCUGCAAACCUGGCUAUGCAGCUGCCAAAAUGACUGCUAUCUAUCCAAAGUUUAGUAAGCCAGCUACCAUGUUUCUGGACCGAAACUUUAAGAGGCUUGCAAAAGUUAUCAACUAUUUACCUCCAUUUGGAUUCAGAACUCAAGAAAGGAUCAUUGAUUUUAUAUUAACUGCCACAAAGAAUUAUGGACUGGGUCCAGAUUUGGAUCGUUUGAGUUGUAAAAGAUGUAUAAUAGUAGGAAAUGGCGGUGUCCUUAGCAACAAGUCGUUGGGUUCCCGCAUUGACGAAUAUGACGUUGUGGUGAGACUCAACGAAGCCCCAGUGACUGGUUACACCAGAGAUGUAGGUAGCAAGACCACCCUGAGGAUAACCUAUCCCGAAGGGGCCAUCCAGAAGACUGAGCGCUAUGAGAAGGACUCCCUCUUUGUCUUCUCUGCUUUCAAACCUCUCGACUUCAAAUGGUUGAGGCAGAUGGUCUUAAAAGAGAAACUGCAAGGGACUGAGGGCUUCUGGAAGUCUGUAGCACGCAACGUGCCCCGGGAUCCCUCAGAAAUACGGAUCCUCAACCCUUAUUUCAUACAGGAGGCUGCCUUCCAGUUUAUUGGCCUUCCACAGAACAACGGCCUUAUGGGUAAAGGGAACAUUCCAACAUUGGGCACCGUCGCCAUUACAAUGGCCCUGCAUAACUGUGAUGAGGUCGCUGUUGCUGGAUUUGGCUACGACAUGAACAUGCCUCAUGCACCCUUACACUACUACGAAACAGUCAAAAUGUCUGCCAUUAAAGAGUCAUGGACUCACAACAUCUCAAAGGAGAAGGAGUUUCUUCGCAAGUUGGUAAAGUCCAACGUCAUCACAGACUUGACAAAUGGGAUUUGAACCUCCCUAGGUGGGUGCCUUUCCCAGAGGACUAGAUACAGAAAAGUCUUGGGAGACCCAACAUGAGGACCAGUGUGGGAGCGUUGCCUCAGUUAUGAUGCACACAUGCCUUCUAACCGGCAGGUUUCCUCUGAGCGGCACACUGAAGGGUUCUUGAAUGUCUCGCGAGACAAUCUUUGUUCCUGUCUGUCCCGUUCUUGAACAGAAGAUAUCAAAGUUGUUGAGGUGACAAACAGUGCUUGAGGAGCCAAUCGCAACAUUAACUGAUUGUGCCAAAUGUACCUAGAGGAGGAGAUGGCUCUUCUUUCCUGCCUGAAUGUAUUAACGAUGUAAAUAUCAAAGAUUUUUACAGUGCAUUUUAAUGAACUGCAACGACCCCCAGGGGUUCUGCCUUCACAUGUGAUUUUCCGUCCAGGUCACUCAGUGCAUAUCCUGCCCCUGUGUGUGGAGGGGCAGAAGCAUGUCUUAAAUUCAGCCCUUCUCCUAAGCCAGUGUUUCCCAACCUUAUUUCUGCCACGGCACACUUUUUACGACAAAAAUCCCACAUAGGCUAACUAUCGUCAAUAUUUUUCCUUUUCAAGAAUGUGUCCAUGUUUUCUGCCCGUCUUAGUAGCGUGUUUACUUGUAAUAUUUGAAAUUCGGCAAUGCAAAAAAAACAAGUCACAUACAGUGCUUGCGAUAGACUUUCUCAUCAUCCAUCAUUUUGACGGACAGGGUUGUAAAAAUUCCAUCAUAAUCUGUUAUUACCGUCAUUUUAAUUUUCAAAUUUUAAUGAUAGUGAGACAUUUAAUAGCUUUUAUUUUUCUUCACAUUUUCAUUUUUAAUCAUGAACUUACAGGACGAGCAUAUAGCAGAUUAUGCAUUUAUUUGCUUAUGAAGAGAACCGAUGAACAACAGACGAAGCAGAUUUUUUCCCCUGCAGUGACCACGGAGGCCACUAAAACACGACAGAUGAACAACGUAAUAUUACAAAAAACAAAUAUAAUACUACAAAAAAUAAAUAUGAUUAAAAUGUGAAACACGUAAAAAAUGAACUGAACAGAACUCAAUCGACAACUCAACUUCCAUCUGGUCUGCACUGACUUCAAACACAUCAAGGGAGACUGAUGCUGAGGUAAUUGUCAUUAGAUUUUGCGAUUUUGUCUCGGACAGACGACUUCUCGUGGCAGUUUUAAUUUGGUUCUGGAGGCUGAACACUGCAUCAAGUGCCGCAUUGCCCUCCACAUGACAAGAGUUGCAGAACGCGACACAGAGGGGCGAUUUUACGAGUUUGCCACAUAAAAAAGUGGGAGGUGUGCACAGUAAACAUUGAAAACAUGUAUUUGGAAGAGAGAAAAAAGCUUGCAGUUGCUUUGAUAGCAGGAAGUAAUAAAAAUACUUGUUUAUGUUUAGGUCGAAGCGUUUUCUUGGUGAAUUUAAAUUAGUUCAAUAACUGGGGUCUCUGAUAUUCGUAAAGGAUAAGGUAAUAUUUAAUUAAAACAAAUUAUGAGACUGUAAAAGGAUCAAUGGAAAGGAGGAGGCGAGAACCGGCUUGACGAUAUAAAUAAUAGUUUAAUGGUAAACUUAAAAGACAACAUAAACACACAUGACGGACAUGUCCGCUAACGAUCUCUCUCUCCCGCACGACACCCUGCAAUCGACCUUUAUCCCUCGGAGGCUUGAUUAGCCUAAUACGACCCGGCCCCGCCCUCUGCCCUGCCACAGAUACAUUCAAUGUCUCUUCACAAAUUUGGACAGUUUUUAAAUAUUUCUUGUUGCUUAGAACUCUUAAAGACAUUAUUGGUGAAGCAAACACGUGUGUGUGAAAAACGUCACUUCAUAGACUUCAAUGUUUUCUGCUGCGCUGAUGAGAGUCAUGUCAAAGACCCUUAACGCGGAUAAAUAUCAGUCACUUCUGCACAUUAAUCAUUGCUUUCCACAAUCCCAAAAAUGACCUAUUAUGGUUUCAAAAUGGCGAAUUUCUCCAAAAGGUGAGGCGUUUGGAUCCCUGAAAUUAUUAUUGGUUUUCAUGUAUUUAUUUAUUUAUUUUUGGAAUUUGAUAAUUUUCCACGGCACACCUGACAAUCUUCUAGUGUGCCAUGGCACAGUGGUUGGGAAACACUGUCCUAAGCAUGAGAGGCUCUUUAUCUCCUGAAGAAGCAUGUCUUCAAUUCAGCCCUUCUCCUAAGCACAGGAGGCUUUUUAUCUCCUGAAUGUCAAGUUAUUACGUUACAACUUCUUUUAUGUUGGAAAGGAGCGAAAUCUCUUUAAUUAUUUUGGUACAGAGUUGAAGGCCUUUGUUUCUUCGGAAACAUAUUCACCCCUUUCCAAAAUUGCUUGUGUUAUAAAUCCACACCACAAUUCAGUACCUUUUCAGACCUCAAAAUCACUUGACAUUGUGGUACACUGCCAUUCUGUAUCCUGCCUCUGUACUUUUAGAAGCAGCAUUUUGAGACAUUUACUGUACACCAAGCAGAAAAAUGUUUACCUCUGUUUUACUUUUCUUUUCUUUUUUUAUUACUUUUACAUGUUAGAUCGCCUUUAUUUCCAAAAACUAAUUGAUUUUUUUUUUUUUUUUUUUUUUUUCUUCAUUUUUAAGGAGGUACCGGACAUUUUAAGCAGUGCUUGUUUUAGGUAAUAAUAUGUGAGCUUUCAGAGAAAAGCCACUACAUUGCUGGAGGUACUGGAAACAUACUUGUGUUAAACAUAUUACACUGCACAACAGAGAUGUUUACUACACCAGGUACUAGCUCAUCAGAUUACCAACACAGGAAGCAGUCAUAAUUCUGAUUGAUUGAAACACAAAUAUAAAAUAAAAAUACAUUUAAAAGAGUAAUUUGCCCUUGUAGAAUGGUGAAAUUAUACUGUGCAGUAUACCACCAAUCAGCAUUGUUAUGAUGAUAAUUUCAAAAUAAAA